ACAAUUUUAUAGAAUGUAAAAGCCAAAGAAAUGUUAAUCAAGGUUAAAAUUAUGCCUUAUUCUUGUCAGCCACAGAAAUUAGGUAAAAGCUUUGUUUUCUGAUGAGGCAAUUUCAUGGAGCCUUUCUCAGUUACCUUCACUGAGCCCAACCCUUUUUCCAAGAUGUCAUUAAAACAACUUCACAAGAGGAGACGGCCAGCUAUGGCACUUCAUUUUUCAGUCUCUAACUGCCUCUGGAUUUGCUUUACCUCUCAAGUCUGUACUAGCAUCCAGGUUUUGGAUAAUAUGACGAUUUGCAUGGAUUACAUAUUUAGAGCAGAUUAUACCAUGUUUGGUUUGGUGGUCAGAUGAGUCUAGUGUAGGGAAUAUAAAUAUGGCUCACUAUGUGAAGGUGCAAGGGUAGCAUACUGUUAUAUUUCUAAAUCGAAUAAAAUUGAUAUAUUCAUUAUCCAACUUAGUUUGGCUAGAUAUUCAGUAGUGGCUGUAAUUGGUUUGUUGCUCCCCUCUUUUUUGGUAUGAUACAGGAAGCUUAUGUGGCCUACACACUAGGAAAAAGGCAAGGAAGGACUUUUGGACCUCAGUUUACUUUUUUUUGCAUUGUGAUAGAUGCUCAUGGUUUUAAGUUUUGAUGGUCCAAUUUUAGGUGCUCCACUUAACUCCAAGCCAAGCUAGGACAGGAUAGGAAACUUUGCCAAAGCUUAAAGGCUUCUAGGAAAUUAAAUUUUUGAAUAGCCUGGAAUCACUUUCCCUACCUGGUCAUAUCACCUCUUCUAGGGUGUGAUGAAGAAUUUUCAUGAAGCCACCUGAGGAGCCAAUUAUUCUAUGAAAAUAUGAUCAGCCACAUCAUAAAAAUGAAAAUUAACAUGAUAGGAGGCUGAAGUCGGGGACACUGCCUUUGGGGAGAGAAGCAGAGCUGGUCCAAGCCCUGGCCCCAAGUAAAGCCACUGCCCUGGAGCCACCUUGGAGGUCCCCCUCCCCACUAAAUGCCUCUUCGCACAGCACUGGUCCCUGCUCCCACCUCUCUGGACCACUGCAGCUGGAUGGGUAGUGGCGAGUUGGGGAGGCACAGCAUGACUCAAUAAGAUCUGUCUGUUUAAGCGUGUUCUGCUGGGUCUGCAGUGGGCAAAUCUAACCUGUCCUCUGCCUUGUGAAGGGACAAUUUCAUGCGUACUAGGAGAGCACACUCGGAGCAGCCUUCCUCACACAGAAUGUCUGCUUGGACAACACAACAGUUAGGUUUGAGAUCUGGGACACGGUUGGACAGCAGUGGUAUCACAGCCUGGCCCCCAUGUACUCUUGGGGGGGCCCAGGCUGCCAUCAUGGUCUAUGACAUCACCAAUACAGAUACAUUUGCCGGAGCCAGGGACUGAGUGAAGGAGCUACCAAGCAGGCCAGCCCCAACAUGGUCCUUGCGCUCAUGAGUAACAAGGCAGACCUGGCCAGCAAGAGACCCCUGGAAUUCCAGGAAGCACAAGCCUAUGCAGACGACGACAGUUGGCUGUUCAUGGAGACAUCAGCAAAGGGUGCAAUGAAUGUGAAUGAAAUUUUCAUGGCAAUAGCUGAGAAACUUCCCAAGAGCAAGCCCCAGAAUGCAGCUGGUGCUCCAGACAGAAACCAAGCUGUGGACCUCCAGGAGAACCACCCGGCCAGCCCCAACCAGUGUUGCAGCAAUGGAGCCCCCCUUGCCUGCCCACUGCCCCCACGUCUUCCACCUUAAUGACCUGGAAUCCACUCUAACCAAUCGUACUUAACGACUCGGGCCACCUCUUGGGUAGGGGGGUAGGAGUAGGAGUCCACCGUGAUUUCUCCAUAUAAUUUUGGUCAUAGGCCAUAGUGAGUUAUUUCACCUGUACAUUUCUGUACAAACACUAAUUGGAUUUUAAGUCUUAAGUCACUUUUUAAAUAUAUAUGAUCUUCCGCUCUUCCCACUUCCUCCUCUUCCUACUGCUUUCCCACUUUUCUUUUGCUGGUAGUAGCCACGUGCUCCUGUCUCCUGAACCUUGUAUAUGGGGACAGUGGGGUCCAAGCAGCUACCUUCUUUCCCUCUUGUGGAAUAGCGGACCCAGCAAGAGCAUCCAUAUUUU